GAGGAAAAGACAGAGGAAAAGCAAAAGAAGGAAGAGGAAAAAGGGAAGAAAAAAGAGAAGGGGAAGAACAAGGGAAAGAAGGAGGAGAAGAAGGAGGUGAAAGGAGCAACUGAGGAGCAGGUGAAAGCACCGAUUGCUGCUCCAGAGCCGGAGCUGAAAACUGAGCCGGAGACCGAACAGGCUCCAGAUCAGCACUCAGUAAGCAGCGCAGAGACGCAGCAGCCAGUUCAAGAGGAGCAGAAGGAAGAAGCUGCGGCAAAGACGGAGCCUGAAGUGGUGGAAGAAGUGAAGGAGGAGGACGCGGAGAAAAAAGAGGAAGAGGCAUCCGCAGCAGAACAGCAGAAAGAAGGAAAAGGAGGGGAGAAAGCAAAGGAGGAGGCGAAGAAGGAGAAGCCUGUAAAAGAAAAGAAGGCAGAGAAGAAGGCAGAGGAGGCCAAAGGCUCCAAACGACAGAAAACCAUGCAAUGCAAAGUCACCUUACUGGACGACACUCAGUUUGAGUGUGAGCUUGAUAAACAUGCUAAAGGACAAGAACUUCUAACAAAGGUGUGUGAUCACGUCAACCUGCUGGAGAAGGAUUACUUUGGCCUCGCUAACUGGGAAACUCCAAACAACAAGACAUGGCUGGAAGCCACCAAAGAGAUCCGGAAACAGGUGUCAGGCGCCGUGUACGAGUUUACAUUCAGCGUGAAGUUCUACCCCCCUGAUCCAGCACAGCUGACUGAAGACCUCACCAGGUACUUCCUGUGUCUCCAGCUGAGGAAGGACAUUAUGCGCGGUGUUCUCCCCUGUACCUUUGUCACUCUGUCCCUGCUGGGCUCCUACGCUGCCCAGUCUGAGCUCGGAGAGUAUGACCCGGAGCUCCACGGAACGGACUACGUAAAGGAUCUGAGCCUGGCUCCCGGGCAGACCAAAGAGCUGGAGGAAAAAGUGAUGGAGCUGCACCGCACAUACAGGUCAAUGAGUCCAGCCCAAGCAGACAUGUUGUUUCUGGAAAAUGCCAAGAAACUCUCCAUGUAUGGAGUUGACCUGCACCAUGCCAAGGAUCUGGAUGGCGUGGACAUCACGCUGGGAGUUUGCUCCAGCGGCCUGAUGGUCUACAAGGACAAGCUGAGGAUCAACCGUUUCCCUUGGCCCAAAGUGCUCAAGAUCUCCUACAAACGCAGCAGCUUCUUUAUCAAAAUCAGACCAUCAGAGCAAGAGCAGUACGAAAGCACAAUCGGCUUCAAACUGCCCAACUACAAAGCCUCGAAGAAGCUGUGGAAAGUUUGUGUCGAACACCAUACCUUCUUCAGGGUACCAACAGUGGAGCCCCCCUCAUCUCGCCGCUUCCUCGUCUUGGGCUCCAAGUUCCGGUACAGCGGGCGCACUCAGGCCCAGACCCGCCAGGCCAGCUCCAUGAUUGACCGCCCAGCCCCCCGCUUCACACGCUCUGCAAGCAAGAGGCUGUCCCGCAACCUGGACGGUGCUGGGGAUGAAACUCUCCAGUUCCUGCAGCGACUCUCAGCAUCAGCCCGUUCCGAGGUUGAUGAUUGGUCGCUGAUGCUGACAUCGGACAAACCCUCUCCUGAAUCCCCAGCCAGAGGGGAGUCUGAGCAGACUUCCGCUCAGUCCUGGGAGGAGGGGCGGUCCGCUCACACGGCCGCAGUCACCUGGCAGGACACCAACACUGGGCAGACUGGCUCUCAAACCGUCACCCAGACAGCCAGUCUGUCGUGGCGGGAGCUGGCGUCUGAUGAGCAGCAGCAGAGGAGAAAGGAAGAUGAGUGGUCUACCCUGCUCCAUCGUUAUCCUCCAUUUCCUUUUGUCCCACUGUUUGAUUUUGCGAAACAGCCAGCUAAGCUCAGCUUGACAAAAAUGAGCUCUAUGGACAGGCUGUUGCAGCCAGCAGUGGCACAGCAAGACGACUGGUACCUUUACUUUGACCGAAUCUUCAGCCUGUCCUUGCUUGAGCGUACCGACACACCAUACUCUCCCAUAGCUCAGCUCCAGCUCCAGGAGGAGGAUGAGCAGGGCAUGUAUGUGGCAGAGCAGGAAACGACCACCGUGGAGGUCAUUGAGAGGCUGCAGGAAACCGUGACCUUGGUAGACACACUGAGAGAGGCAGAUGUUUUAGAAAGGAGGCUGAGAGAAGUGAAGGAUUUAGAGGAGAGGCUCCAAGACAUGGAUGAGAUGGCAGCCAGACUUCAGGAAGUAAUAGAAGAGGAACUGGGCAAGGAAGAGGUGGAUAAGUUGAGGGAGGAAGUGGGAGAUUUGGAGCAGGAAGAACUAUUUCAAGCUGGAUUUAUAACAGAAACAGUGGUGAAGGAAUCGGUGAGGAGAGUACAGACAAAAGAGGAUGAAGUGGAUGAACUGGAAGAGCAGAUAAAGCAGGUGUUUUUAAAAGGCUUGUUGCCGGAGGAGGAAGAGGCCGAGGUGAAGCGGCGGAGUGAAAAAGAGGUGACAGAAGAGAGUCUGGUAGAUGAUAGCUUGAGAGAGACGCUACAGCAGACAGAAAGGGAGUGGAAAAACGAGGUGGAGGAAAGGUCUGGCUCUUCAGAUGUCACCGUUGCCACGUCUGUAGUAGCAUACGAGAAGGCGGAGCGUAGGAUUGAGAAGACGGAGACUGUCGUAGAAGAGAGAGAGCAGAGGCAGGGAGAAAUGGAAGAUGUGCAGGUACAGGCUGAGUCAGAGGAGAGGCUGCAAAAAGAGGUGAGAUGGCGUAAGGUAGAAGUGCUAGAGGAGAGACAAGUCACAGAGAGGCUUCAGCCUCAGGAUGCGCCUCAGGUGGCAGAUCAGGACGUCUGGUUCAUACUUUUUGACUGGCCGCCGUACAAAGCUGUUUUCAGACCACCAGUAGUUACCACUGUGGAACGUGCUCAGGUGGACGAAGGCGAGUAUUUCACCUCGACCACUGGGAUUGAGGAGAAAACUGAGAUUAUAGCAGAAGAGAGAACAGUAAGAAAAGAGGAGGUUUGGCGUGUACCGGAGAUCCCAACGCCACAGACCGUCACAGAAAGAGAAGAUGACUGGUUUGUGCUGCUGGAUGUCACUCCCAGAGAAACACCUUACGUACCACCAGUUGCACUCAAGGGAAAAGAACUGAUUGAUGCAGAAAGUUUUGCCUCGGCCGAUGACGAGACUAGAGGAGCAGCAGCUGAAGAGGGGAAGGUAAUAGAAGAGGCACCGAGACGUCUGCAAGAAAUCCCACAACAGCCAGUGCCAGAAAGAGACGAUGACUGGUUUGUGUUGCUGGAUGCUCUUCCCAAAGAAACAUCAUACGUGCCACCAGUUGGUGUUGCACAGCUUGUGGUUGAAGUGUCUCCAGAGGAGCGAGUCUCUCAGGUCGAAAUGACGACCGUGGAGCGGAGAGAAAAAAGAAUGGAGUUUGUGGUGGAAGACACAGAAAUGAAACAAGAGCUGAGGGAAAAGCAUGUAGUAGCUGUGCCACAGGCUGUGAGAGAGAUAGACGACGACUGGUUUGUGCUCUUGGACGCUCCCACUAGAGAACCAUCAUUUGUGCCGCCAGUUGACGUGGCCGAAUAUGUUCCGGUUUAUCCUGAAGAGAGCAUUUCUACUGUGGCGGAAACAAUAACAGUAGAGUCCAGGGUGGAGGUUGUAGUUGAUGAGACUGCGGUGCAAAAGGAGGACAGGAUGCCUCCCAAGCAAGUUAUUCCAGAGCAGAAAAUCUCCCAGCCAGUUAGAGAAAGAGAUGAUGAGUGGUUUCUUCUGCUGGAUGUUGUUCCCAGAGAAACUGCCUACGUCCCACCAGUUUCUCCGGCUGCACCGGGCCAAAUUUAUCCAAGUGUACGACCUCAAAUCGAAGUGGUAAGCACAGAGCGGGAGUUGCAGCGGGCUGAUCUCGAUCGGAUUCGACUGCAGCCUUCCCAGCCGCUGCCAGAGAGAGAAGACGACUGGUUUGUGCUGUUUGAUGCUAUUCGCGAAAAGCCAGUCAUACUACCAGCAGCGUCUUUGACUCUGUUUGUGCCAGUUACUCCUGCUGUGAUUACUCCGGAUAUGAGGAAGGCGCUUGAGGUUGAGGUGAAAACCGCGGAGGCUAGAACAUGGAAGAAGACGAUAAUUGGUGUGGACAGCAGGCAAGAUCAGACACGUCUGACUGAGAUUAGACCGAGCCAAGCUGCACCUCCGGCAGAGAGGGAAGGAGGAGAUGAUUGGUUCACCCUGUUCGACGUCAGCCGUGAAAAGCCUGUUGUCGUACCACCAGUUGCUGUGGUCGAGCGUACUGUGCGUGUGGCAGCAGCCGCUGAACCAAAGCCAAAAUUCAUCAUGCAAGACGUGCAGCCAGCUGUGAAGCUGGUGGAGAUGAAACCACCACAUCCAAGACAGGUGGAUGAUGACUGGUUUGUGCUGCUAGAUGUUGCAGCGAGAGCGCCAGUGGCUGUGGACGAACGCAUCCGUACGCGCCCUGAAGUGAGACCAGCUCAAGAGUUUGCAGCCAUAGAGCAGAGAGCACAGCAGAGAAUUACUAUAGUGGAGGAGCCGUGGCGGCAGGAGACGGUGGUUCAGCAAAAAUCCCGUCCAGCAGUGAGAAAGGUGCAAGAUGAUUGGUUUAUUCUUCUGGAUGUGGCCGCUAAGAAAUCAGUCACCAUCCCUGAACGCAUCCAGUUCCCAGCAGAGGUGAGAGCUCCAGCCGCCGCGGCCAAAACAAGGAUCGCCGUGUCUGAGAUGAGACCACAGUUCGGGAAACGGAUCCUGGAGGAAAGACGUCCGCUCACGCACACACAUGUUAAUGAUGAUUGGUUUGUCCUACUAGAUGUUGCCCCUAAAGAGUCAGUGGUGAGCACACAGAGGGGCGCCCGUCCUGUCAGUGCUCCGGUCUUCUCCCAGGCCGCUCUGGCAGAGGCAGGGAUCCCCAUGGCCCCUUUCGACCAACCCCAGACCUCCACUCCAAUCAAGGCCGGCCUCAAAGAGGAAAGAAGGCUGGAGGUCACGGUAGAGGCUGUGGAACCCUCAAAAAUCGAGGCUGUGGCUGAAGUCAAGCCAGCAGCGUGGAGGGACCAGAGAGAAGCACACUCGUCACUGAUAUCCACCAUCAAUGGGGACAUUCAGCACGAGUCUGAGGCGAUGAGCACGGAGGUGGUGCGAAUGCGAAAGAAAAGAGCUAAGAAAAUUGAGGGUGACUCAAUUUAUAUCAGACAUAGCCUUUUAAUGUUGGAGGAAUUCGAUAAGCCUCAGGAGGACUUGCUCAGGCAUCAUGCCAGCAUCAGCGAGCUGAAGAGGAACUUCAUGGAGUCCGUCCCGGAGCAGAGGCCCAGCGAGUGGGACAAGCGCCUGUCCACGCACUCUCCGUUCCGCACGCUGGGCAUCAACGGCCAGCCUCUGCCCAGUGCAGACGGGAGUGUGUGCAUUAGUCCCCUUUGCAAUGGUUCAGAGACAAAGACUGCGCACGAGGAAACCAGCAGCCAUUUGGGCUUUUCAGGCUCGCCGAGUCCCGCUGCGAGCCACGGCAGCGAGCCUGCUAGUGUCGAAGCCCACGGCGCCCCAGCUGAGGAAGAGUCGUGCGAUCAGGAAGAGGUUGUAGUCUUUGAGACCUCCCUGGUGCCCAUCGUAGAGGUGGAGAUGGCGCAGCUGCCUCCCUCCCUCGACCCUUGCUCUAGAGCUUUAGAUGAGACCCUGGCGGAAGAGGGAUCGUGCCCCGAAGUGUUGCAGCGCUCUGGGAGGAUAGCUGUGUCUUCCCCGGCUUCCUAUUUCAGGAGCGACGGGCCACAGGUCAUACGCUGCUUCCAGCCCCCUCUGGUGCAGACCCAGACAGUCACCAUCACAGCUGUCUCCAACUCCUUACCCAGUGUCAUCUCCACCACAGAGGUCCCUGUCAUCCCGACCAAGACCUUCAUCUAUGAGUCUUCAAAGGUGACUGAUGAUGGGGCAGACAAUAAAGACAGCACAGCUGUGUCCAGCUCCAAGACCGUAACCUCAGAGACCACCAGCGGCACCACGGUCACCACCACAACCACUCACAUCUCAAAGGUGGUGAAAAGUGGAUCUUCUGAGACUCGCGUUGAGAAGAGAAUCGUCAUAACUGCAGACUCUGACAUUGACCAAGAUAAGGAGAAAGAUGGCGGAGCAUCAGCAUUGUAACUGAAUCACCACCUGCAUUUAUUCCUUUGACUCUCCACCUGUCAACACACAGUGACCAGCUCUUAUCUGCGCACACAUAUCUAAUAAGAAAUAUCUCCGAAAUCUGCACCCAAAAAGGCUAAAUGAGUAGAUGGAUCUUAGUAGAUCCUCUUUGUUUUCUUUCUUUUUCUUUUUUUUUUUCAGUUGAGCUGUUCAUUGUAGGUAGAGGGAGGGCUGCACGGUGCUCCAGUUUGAUCGAACGCUUUUCAUCCAGGUGUUUAAAAAGCUUAGUGAAUACACUUUUAUUGGUUGAGGAACAGCACGUUCAGUUGAGUGAUCUCCGUUAUGUUUGCUUUUAAAUGCUUUUAUUUUCCUAGUGGUUUUUACAUUGUUGAUUUUAUACAAAUGCACUGUUUCCAUCCUAGUGUAGACACCAUCAUCAGCAUUUAUUCCUUUUGGUGCUGCUAGGGGAACGUUAAGACUACAUUCAUGGGAAGUUUUUUUUUUUUUAUUGUUCUUGUUUACUUGUCUAUUUAAUUCAGGAGACUCUUUUUUUUUCUCUUAAUGAAACGAUAUAUACCUCGCAUCAACAUGUGAACAAAGGUAUCCUGUGCUCAAAUUUGGAUAGUUGUUCUGGCUUUGUUCACUGCUCAGGUACAAAAACAAAAAAAACAUCAAAUCUUUUCUUCCCUAACCAGCCAAGAACCAGUAGCCUACACAUUAUUGUAAAGUUUGAAUUUAAAAAAAUUGAUCUAUUUUGAAAUAUUUCUCUAUUUUAUAGAAUUAAUGCUUUUAUAGUAUUUGUACAAAUUUGAGGUUUUUAAGUUAUUCAUAUCCAUCUGCUCAUUAAAUUGUAGGUUGCCAUUGUGCUGUUUACUGAAGUUCGAGGUCUCUGGUGAAGACCUGCUUACCUGUCUUGCCUGACACCCUGAAUCAUUCUUACUCGUUUCCUCUUGUAGUCCACCAAGUUUAUCAAACCUUCACAAUGUACACAUGACAGUGGAGUGCUUCCCUCAGCCCUGUUUUUGUUCAGUAGCGUAGAAGUCACAAUUGCUUUGAAUAUAUUUGGUUGAUAAGAAAAGUUUUACAAGCUUUGGUCUGUUUAUCUCAGGUUUUGAUAUUCUUUGUAAGACUACAGACCUCCAUGAUUGUAUGAGGAAUGUCCAUAUAUGUAUAUCCAUCCCUAUUUUAAAUGUACAUUUAUGUUCAGCCAAGUGAGGUCAAGAAAUACAAAGUUUGUCUGUCACAGUAACCACACGUGUAUGAGGUGAAGGCAGCUGUCCCAGUAUAUGUGGCUUUUCUCUCAUAGGAGCACAAGUUGUCUUUUUUACAUGUUCUACUAUACAGUAAUUUAUUUGUAAAGUAGGAGCCGUCUCGUGUGAUUUGAUGUACUGUGAUGUUUCAGGCUUCCACUAGAGAUGUCACAAUGUUAAAUAUUGCAUUCCUUAUCGACCAAGUUUGUAAAGCCUUUUUACCACAUAGUCUAAGUAGAGUGCUCUGUACUUUUUCCAUAGAAUAUACAAGUCCCUUUUAGGUAGCAUGUUUGUCAGCAAACUUUUUUUUAACCCAAAAAGAAGCCAUCGGUAUUGUAGCUACAUGGAAAACAACAAAAACCUCUCCUGGAAGAAAAUGUAGAAUUUCACAUGAAGAACAUAGUUUUUAGACAAUGGAAAAUAUUGUUGCUUUGUGACUUAUCCCUGUCUUUUUAUGAAAAAAUAAAACAUGCAUUAUUAUG